GAAAGAAAGAAAUUAAGCUGAUUUUACAAUGAGUAGUCGGAAAUUAUAAGUUUUAAUAAUCAGCCUUAAUUUAAUAGGUGAUAGUUUUUUUUCACAUCUAUGACUGCGGUCAAUUUGAUUUCUAGUUUUAAGAAUAAAAAGAAGAUCAAGAAUAAAUUGAACCGAGAUUAUUAAUCCACAUUGAUAGAAACCACACUAAUCGUACAAGUUGGCUAUUGGCCGACUUCAUCGAUUCACGAUAAGACUUAGGACUACCGACUUAUUGUAGAAUCAGUAUGGAUAAUGCAAUAGAAAAUGCAGAAGAUUCGGAUGAUGAAUGUCCGACAAAACAAGCUAAAAAUAUGUCUUUCCAAACUGCUUUUAGCAAUUUGAAGAAAUCUGAGUUUUUCACAGAUUUGCCAGCUUCUCUUUCUAAGCCUGAAACUUCCACGGCAAUAUCUUCAAGUAGAACCAGCACUGUCCUUGUCAGUCCAAAGCAAAAAGGUAAUCCGUUAUUAAAGUUUAUAACAAAUGUAUUAUGGGAAUAUUCCGACAUUGUGCCAGAUUAUGUAAUGGGAAAAACUACGUGUGCUCUUUUUUUAUCAAUUCGUUAUCACCAACUAAAUCCUGAUUAUAUUCAUGAAAGACUUAAGUUGUUGGGCAAUGCGUAUAACUUACGAGUGCUUUUAGUACAGAUUGAUGUUCCCGAGCCUCAUCAUGCUUUGAAACAUUUAACAAGGAUUUCCAUUUUGGCAGACUUGACAAUAAUGUUAGCAUGGAAUGCAGAGGAUGCAGGAAAAAUUAUUGAAACUUAUAAAAUAUAUGAAAAUAAACCUCCUGAUAAUAUCAUGGAACGCAGCGAAACAGCACCUUAUCAAAAAUUGGUUAAUGCCUUAACGACAGUAAGAUCUGUCAACAAAACCGAUGCAACAACUCUUCUAACAACUUUUGGCACAUUAGCUAACAUUGUAAGAGCACAACCCAACACUUUAACCUUGUGUCCUGGAUUUGGUGUACAUAAAGCUCAAAAACUUCAUAAAGUUUUGCAUGAAUCUUUUCUAUGCACACCAAAACUCUCUACAAAAAAAUAA